AGAGAAAGCGCGCUAUAUAUAUAUAUAGUGAGAGAGUGAGAGCGCAGAGGAUUGGGCGGGGUUGAAUUUAGCGUUGAGAUUAGGAGAGAGGGGCCGGAGGAGGUGAUCGGCGGAGUGGCCGUUGAACUAGUGACGCUACCUGACAAGAUCUCGGCCUCCGUGAAAAGGAUGAAGAGGCGCUGAUCCGGAAGGGAUUUUUGACUAUUCGACCAGAAUGAUUGUGUUAACCGUGACAGUGGUUGUUGGUGCUGGGUUUAAGGCGCUGCGAAUGAUUCUAUUUUACUGGAAGUUUUUAUUAUUUUUGGGAGGUUUUUUUGCCUCCUACGUGAGGGGAUCAUGGCUUCCCCAUUUUAGGGGGAGUUGGAAUCUUCCCUACCUCCCUUUUUCCUUGCUCCGCUGUGCCUUGCUCGAGUAUCCAAGGUCAUAUCCACGCCACUCCCUGUGUUACCCCUAUAUGAUUGUUCGCGUACAAAAUCUUCUUCUCUCAACAACCGCAUCAGCCACUGAGUUUGGCGUGCGCUAUAGAGUGAAGAAGAGGAAAAAGGAGGGACUUCUUACUGCUGCUGUGUCCAGCCACAGUAGCCUCAAACUCCCACUUUAACUCUCAUGGCUCCUAACUUGGACAGCCCUGUUCAGACUCAGAUGGCUAUUGCAGUCCUGAACAGACCCGUCACUAAUGAGUAUCAUGACAUUAAGAAGAGUGAGGGAAGGCCCUCUGGACGCAGGCGUGUUUUUGUCCAGACAGAUUCUGGCUGCGUCCUUGGCAUUGAAUUGGAUCGUGGGGACAAUGCCCAUACGGUGAAAAGGAAACUGCAGUUAGCUCUGCACGUGCCUACCGAUGAAAGUUCGCUGACCUUUGGAGAUCUUGUGCUGAAGAAUGAUCUUAGUGCUGUUCGAAAAGAUUCCCCUUUACUUCUGACAAGGAAUUUUAUGCACAGAAGUUCUUCCACACCCUGUCUUUCGCCAACAGGAAAGGAUCUCCAACAUAGAGAUAGGAGUGGUCCGAUUGAAAUAAUAGGAUGCCCGAGGCAUCACUCAAUAACAAAACAGCUUGUGAAGAGCGUUGUGAAGGCUAUACAAAAUGUUGUGGAUCCUAUACCUAUUCAUAAUGGUCUUGGUGGUGCCUACUACUUCAGAAACUGCAAGGGCGAGAGAAUUGCAAUUGUUAAACCAACUGAUGAGGAGCCAUUCGCUCCAAAUAACCCAAAGGGGUUUAUUGGGAAAGCUCUUGGUCAGCCAGGAUUGAAGAAGUCUGUGCGAGUUGGGGAGACUGGGUUCAGAGAGGUUGCGGCGUACCUUCUUGACUAUGAUCACUUUGCAAAUGUCCCCCCUACUGCUCUUGUGAAGAUCACCCACUCAGUGUUCAAUGUGAAUGAAGGCGUCACUUGUAAUAUUAGCAAACCUCAGAACAGGAAGCCGAAGCCUAUUAGCAAGAUUGCUUCAUUCCAGCAGUUUAUACCUCAUGACUUCGAUGCUGGUGACCAUGGCACCUCGGUUUUUCCAGUUGCUGCUGUGCACAGGAUUGGGAUACUUGAUGUUCGAAUUUUCAACACAGAUAGGCAUGCCGGGAAUCUACUAGUUAGGAAGCUUAAAGACGGGGCUGCCAAGUUUGGUGGUCAAGUGGAGCUCAUCCCCAUCGAUCAUGGUCUCUGUCUUCCAGAAACCUUGGAUGAUCCAUAUUUUGAGUGGAUCCACUGGCCUCAGGCAUCAAUCCCUUUCUCUGACGAGGAGCUCGAGUACAUUGCUAAGCUUGAUCCCGUCAGAGAUUCUGACAUGCUACGGCUGGAACUACCAAUGAUCCGUGAAGCAUGCAUUCGAGUGCUUGUCCUCUGCACCACAUUCCUCAAGGAAGCAGCUGCAUUCGGGCUUUGCCUCUCAGAUAUUGGUGAAAUGAUGAGUAGGCAUUUCACAGUGAGAGAGGAAGAACCAAGUGAGUUAGAGGUUUUGUGUAUUGAGACCAGAAAGUUACUUUGUGAUGUAGAGGUGUUUCACCAAGAAACUCACUUGGUGGAAGAAUUUCAGUUUGAUAUUGAUUGUGAAGAGACUGACGACCUUAGCAUGCCCAAGACUCCACCAGGCUAUCUUUUUGGCAUCCGAGGGGGUAUCUCCAGAAACCCUCUGUCAAAAUUAGAUGAGAGCUUGGAAGAGAUAGAUGAAGAACAAGAGGAGGAUAACCAAGAUGGCGAGGCAGAAGAGGCCAAUGCCUUACAAGCUCUUUGUGCUUCCAAGCUAUCCAUAUCACCAAAGGGCAAAACUAGCCUUCAAGGUUGGAGUAGGAGCUUAAAGGAGCGGUUGCCGACAAGUGCAAGCUUUGUGAGCUUGGCUGACAUGGGGGAGGAAGAGUGGGGAGCAUUCCUUGAGAAGUUCCAGGAGCUACUUCAUGGCGCAUUCUGCGGUCGCAGGUGUAAGAGAGCUGGACGGAGGCAUAGUCUUGGUUCUUCUUGCCAGUUUUGAGUAGGAGAUGGAGGAGGAAGAAGCUAGGUUAACCAAGAUGCUGCUUUGUUGUGUCUGUUAGCGGUUUAUUGUUUGCUCUGCUGCGCUUUCUUUGGCUGGUUAGUUGGUGUAAGGAAUAGAAAUUGGGGGGUUUUCAAAAUAAGACCAUCUGGCUAGAUGGUGUACUGAAUAUGGAAUUGUGAUUGAUAAAAGCAGACGGUGUUGCUUCUGUAUAUAGGCUUUAGGCUUAAGUUAAAUAUCAGAUACAUAAAUGAGGGAAUGUGAUGGCUGAUUGCUAGCCAUAUUUGCAUUUAUUGUUCCUAGCAGGGAUCUGUCAAGUAAUUGCAAAACUGGUUAAGUGAUUUGUGCGUAUUGGUGUGAUGGUAAUUUUCUGAACUUAUUGUACCAUUGUUUUCUUCAA